GCUUAAUUGCUAAAACCAAAGUUUUUUUAGGGUAUUAGAAAAGCGCUGAUUGUAUGAAGACAUUUCAAUCAUGGAAUGCACUGGUCAAGAAAAGAACUGCUUUGUUUGAGGGGGGAAACUGCGGGUUUAAAAUGAAUCAGCUUCGAUUUAUGGGAGUUAUUUGUACAGUUAUGUUGUUCAUUGUGUAUAGAACCACAAAUUAUCAAUACCUUAAGACAGAGAUGGAAACGAAAUUUCACCCAUUUGAAACAGUAAAGAAUUAUCGAUUGCAUCAUGGGAAAUUAAGAGGUUUGCCUCGUGGCAUAAUGCAAGCUCGUUCAGAUUUGGAACUAAGGCCUCUGUGGUCAAGCAAUUCGCAGUCAAGGGCUAGUGUUAUGACAAACAAGAACUUGCUAGCAAUGCCGGUUGGUAUCAAGCAAAAAUAUAAUGUUGACGAUGUGGUGAAAAAGUUUCUUGCAGCGAAUUUUUCCAUUAUUUUGUUUCAUUAUGAUGGCAAUGUGGAUAGAUGGCGGGAUAUUGGUUGGUGUGAGAAAGCCAUUCACAUAGUAGCUGAUAACCAAACGAAGUGGUGGUUUGCAAAGCGCUUUCUGCAUCCCGAUAUUGUGUCUUUUUAUGACUACAUAUUUCUCUGGGAUGAAGAUUUGGGAGUCGAGUACUUUGACCCUGUAAGGUACCUAAGAAUUGUGAAGUCUGAAGGUUUAGAGAUUUCUCAGCCAGCUUUAGAUCCAAAUUCAACUGAAAUACACCACAGAAUCACGAUACGUGCAAGAAAGAAAAGGUUUCACAGGAGAGUCUAUGAUCUCAGAGGUAAAACAAAGUGUUCGAAUGCAAGCGAGGGGCCACCAUGCACUGGAUUUGUGGAGGGAAUGGCUCCUGUGUUUUCUAGAUCUGCCUGGUAUUGUGCAUGGCAUCUCAUACAGAAUGAUCUUGUACAUGGAUGGGGAGUAGAUAUGAAACUCGGGUAUUGUGCACAGGGUGAUCGCUCAAAGAAGGUCGGCGUGGUUGAUAGCGAGUACAUUGUUCACAAGGGUAUACAAAGUUUGGGUGGUAGUGGCCAUCCCACAAUGAGGACAACCGUAAAGAGACAUGGGGCUUCAAGUUUCGAUCUAAGAACUGAGAUUCGGAGGCAGUCCACUUGGGAGCAUAAAGCGUUUAAAGAACGAUGGAAUCAAGCUGUGGAGGAAGACAAGGAUUGGGCGGAUCCAUUUCUAAAGCAUCAAAGGCGCAGCAGACAACAAAACCGACAAGAAGACUAAGUUUUUUAGCUCAUGGUUUUUUAGUUUUGGGGGGUUUACUUGCAACAUACAGCUACAGUUGAAGUUUCAUCCUUGACUGUAUAUUUUCUAGUUCAUAGAGCAAUUUGUUGGAUGAUAUUCGAUUAUUUCAUUAUUUGAAUAAUUUUUCUUACCAUUUCAUU